AUUUGUUUUAAUUUAUCGCAACAUAAUUCAAACUGCUUAAAUAAUAUAAUUUUUGAUUUUAAAAAAUGGGUAAACAUUCUGAUAGUAGAUCCUCAGAUUCCAGGAGCAGAAGACAUGAAAAGGAAAAUGAAACGAACUAUUCGAAGAGCAAACCUUCAGAGAGUAAAUUUGAUCACAUUUAUUUCCCAACUAAUCACAUUACUUUAGGCAAAACACCUUCUACUCCAUCAAUUCCAGCUUCUAAAGUUGCAAUGAAUGUUAUGGUUGCAAAAGAUGCGCUUGAGAAGGCCAGGAAAGCAGAAUUGGUUCAGAAGCAAAUCCAGGAACACCUACAGAAGAUCAAUUUUACUAAAAAGUUAAUUCCAGCACCAAGUAGCCUGGGAGUAAAGAAUUUGAUGUUUGAUAGCUUUGGAAGAGUCCUGGAUCAGUCUGGAAACCUAGUCAAAACGGCACCUGUGAUCCACUCAACGCUUAAAGUUAAUAGAAACUUAGUUGUAGAAAAACAAAGAAAGGAAUUACAGAUAGAAAAAUCAGAGAAAUUAGCAAAAAGAGUACAACAAACCCAAUACACAGACCCAUCACUAAAUAAUUUAAAGAGGAAGAAGAGAAAAUUGUUAAAAUUCGUUGAGCCAGGGACAUAUAUUAAGCAGGAACGUCAGCUUUUGAGGCAGAUGGAAGAUAAAGCACUUGGAAUAAAUAGGAGCAGACUGAUAAUACAGAAGAAACGGUUAUUGGAUCAGCAAAACCAACGACUGAACGCCAUGUAUAACUUACAGAACUCAAAGGAUGAUCAAGAUAAGGAUGAAGAUGAACAAAAUGAGCCAGAUGUAGCAGAUGAAACUAAAGAAAUAAAUCACACUGAGUCUGAAUCAAAUGAAGUAAACUUCCAGGAUUUGAAUCCAAAUCUAAUACCACUCAGAACCAACAAGCUUGAAAACAAGGACUCAUGGGAUGAUGAUGAACCUUUUGUUGAAUGGUGGGACCGAGGAGUUAUUAUAUUAAAGAGCGGAGAGGACCCCUUCAAGUUACAAAACCUUAAAAAACACCAGUACAUUACAAAUGUUAAUUUAAACGAAUUAAAAAUUAACGAGGAUCGGUUCAAUAACUACAUUGAGCACCCUGUCAAACUUGACGGUAAACGUAAAAAAGGAUUAAAUAUAGUACCCACUCAACUGACAAAGAAGGAAAGGAGAAAAGCUAGGACUCUACGUAGAAAGCAAAGGCAGAAAGAAAUUAGGGAUAAAAUAGCAAUUGGAAGCAUCCCCCCACCACCCCCUAAGCUUAGAAUGUCAAACCUGGUGAAUGUCCUCAAAAACCAAACUGCAGCAGACCCUUCUAAGGUGGAAAAGAUGGUGAAAAAGCAGAUGGAGGACCGUCUAAGAGCUCACGAGAAAAGAAACGAGGACAGAAAGUUAACAAAGGAGCAGAGGUCAAAGAAAAACGCACAAAAAUGGCAGAUUAAGAAAAACGCCGAAGCUGAAGCAGCUCUUUUUACCAUAAACUCACUUGCAAACCCGAAACUUUUAAAGAAAAUCGAUACUAAUGCUCAGCAGUUUCACCUGAGUGGCACCUGCGUAAUCAUGAACAACGGUCCUUCUUUCCUAGUAAUUGAAGGAAGCAAGUUGAGUAUUAGGAGGUAUACUAAGCUCCUUUUGAGGAGAAUUAAGUGGACUGAAUACCCAUUAGAAGAUGAAAUCGAUGCUAGUCAGAACACUUGUAAGCAGUUAUGGGUUGGAAACGUUAAGAAGAGGACCUUCCCUCACUGGACAGUAAACUACGUCGACUGCGAUGAGCAAAUUGAAGAUAUUCUGAAGCCUCACAAGGCGCUCCACUACUUUGAGAUGGUUAAAAAGUACCGUGACCCCUUGGAAGACAUUUGAACUCUAAUGUACUAC